UCAUAAAUGCAAACCAAACAAUUCAUAAAUACAUACAGAACAAGUUGUAAAUUUAACUCAACCCAAAUAAGGUUUGUCUUACCAGGCCAUCUUCAACAAAGUAGCCAUAGGUUCAAUACGAAUCAAAAUAUACAAAUAAAAGAUUUUGUAAAUCAAAAACAGUAAAUAUUGUUUACAUAACCAUGCAGUGACAAUUAUAACCCCAAAAUAGUCCAGCCAACCCAAUUUGGCAAUAAUGUAGCGUAAUAUCUGAAAACAAACCUGUUUUUUUUAUUUUUAAAUCUAUUUAAAGUUUUAUUCCAGCGAAUCCUCCCCGAACAAUAAAACCGUUAAGCUGGACCGUUUUCAGUGAAAAAUAAUACAUUGAGCAUGGCUGAAUUGGAAAUGAGGAUGAAUCCAUUUGAAGAUGUGUACACGGAGUUCUUCAUGGAAAAGGCAGUCCGUCUUGGAUCUGGGUCUUUCGGGAAGGUUUAUCUAAUCCAGAGAAGAAAAGAUGGAGGAACCUUUGCAGCCAAAUACCAACAGCUUUCAGGCAAUAAUUCAAAGAGAUCGGUGAGAAUUGAGGCAGAGAUGCUUUCAAGAUUGUACAAACAAAAAAG